CUAAAUAAUGAAUUUACCAAUGAUUGCUUACAUUCUUUAAUAAGAAAAGAUAUUCACAGAUUAGAAACAUGUGAUUUCAUACAUCAAUCAUCAUUAUACAUGCAGUCUACUGAUAAUGAACAAAACUUAUUCAAUGACAAUAUCUAUGAUAUUUAUCAAAUAAUCAUUGACAAUACAACAAUAGAUCCUCCUAAUGAAAAUGAUCCUAUUUCAUGCUGUAAAUACGUAGAUAAUGAUAAUGAAAGGAGAAAUUUUCAUCAAACAUCCGCAUCAUCAGCAUCAUCUACACUACUAACAACUAAAUGUUAUUUAAGUAAUAUCUGGUCAUUUAGUCAAUUAUUAAUUGAAUUGAUUGUAGCUCAUUUACUUGUAGAGAAUAAACAUAAAUUUAUUGAGAUGAUACGAAUAUUGAACAGAAAUCAUCAUAAUCAUCAUCAUCAUAAUUUUCAUUGUUAUCCGUUGGAUAUGACUUAUCGAUCUAGCGUGAAUUUACAUUCUGCAUUGACUGGGGAACUGUCCAAUUCGAUGACACCACAUACACAUCCUCCUAUGUUUGUAUGCAACUUUGAACAUCAACAACAGCAUUUACAAACUAAUGACGACAAGAUGAAUAAACUAAGACAAUGGUUAGUUGCAUCCGAUCGAACCACCAGUAAAUGUCAAACACUACCAAAUGUUAAACAACGAUCCAUCAACGAUCCAUUUAACAAACAACAUUUAACAAGUCAUUGUGAUGCGAUUCAAAUGACAAAUUACACAAAUUUACAUCCAACACAUUCCAAUUUAUUAGUAUUAAAAGAUAAUGAUGAUAGUAGUAGUGUUCAAUUAUUUUGUCAACUUAUCACUGGAUCAGUAGUACAUUUAUCAAAAGAUGUAUAUUUUGAUCAUUUGUGUAAAUUUAUGCAUAGUUUCAUUGGACAAACUAAAUUAGAUGAAUUGCUGAAAAAUUGUCGACAUCCUUGUCAAACAAUGCGACCAUCGUUUGAAGAGAUUAGAAGACAACUGAAGUAUGCCAUUGAAACCAUUACUGCGUCAACCCUGACAUGUACAUUGAAUAGAAGAAGAUCUAUUGUAAAUAAUAGUCAUAUUCAUGAAACUUUAGUGGAUUUAGGCGAAAA